AUGUGUAAUUCAAGGGAUAUGGCCCUUUUCUUUGGAUCCAUGGCUAUAAAAGUAUGUGGCGUUACUGGACGGUCGUACACUUACGCACGUUUGAGAGACAUGAGCGCUGCUAUUGCUUCACGGCUGAUAACAGUACUAAAGCUUCAGCCUUGCGACACAGUGGCGCUGGUUUCGCCUAAUGUUCCUGAAUUUCCGGCUGUUGUAAUGGGAGGCGUAGAAGCAGGAACGAUAAUUACAACGGUUAAUCCGCUAUAUACUGCAGAGGAAAUAUCUCGGCAAUUCAUCAACAGCGGAUCAAAAUGUGUCUUUGCCAGUGAUGAGAGCGUAUCUGUGGUAAUUGAGGCUGUUAAAUCUUUACCAGAACCUAUUCCUAUUAUCGUCAUCAGCACUGAAGGAAAGCCAUGUCCUCAAGGAUGCAUCAAGUUUUCAGAGUUCAGUGAUACGAAAAAUGCAGACUUUUCUGUUUUAGAUAAGGCUUUAGAACUUUCAAAACCGAACGAUGUAUGCAUGAUGCCAUAUUCCAGUGGAACAACGGGAUUGCCCAAAGGUGUUGAACUGACUCAUAACAAUAUAGCCAGCAAUUGUGAAAUGCUCAAGGCUGGUGAAGUGCCUCUCGUCACGCCAGCAUCAGGUAGAUAUUUAAUACAUAAUUUGCAAUUAUGCACUUAUGCAUCGGAUAAGAAUGGAAAGAAGUACAACUUGACUGACUUUUGA